AUGGCCGCCGCUCGCUCCGCUUUCGCCUCCUUGGCCCGUGUCCAGGCCGUCAACCGAACUGGUCUUCGAUCGCUCUCCAACACCGCUGCUGCCAAGCAGCCUUCGCGUCUGCUCGAAAAGGCUACCUCGUCCUCGUCAUCUCCCGUCGCCAGCUCUUCGCGCCUCACAACUAACCCGGCCGCCCUCACCGCCUUUAUCCCUUCCAGCACCCGCAACGCUUCCACCGAUGGCAAGCCCCAGGAGAUCACCGUCCGAGAUGCCUUGAACUCGGCCAUGGAGGAGGAGAUGCUGCGCGACGACAAAGUGUUUAUCCUCGGUGAGGAGGUGGCCCGCUACAACGGUGCUUACAAGAUCACCCGUGGUCUCCUCGACAAGUUCGGCGAGAAGCGUGUCAUCGACACCCCCAUCACCGAGUCCGGUUUCGCUGGUCUCGCCGUCGGUGCUGCCCUCUCGGGUCUGCGUCCCAUCUGCGAGUUCAUGACCUUCAACUUUGCCAUGCAGGCCAUCGACCAGAUCAUUAACUCCGGUGCCAAGACGUACUACAUGUCCGGUGGUAACGUGCCCUGUCCCAUCGUCUUCCGUGGCCCCAACGGUGCCGCUGCCGGUGUCGGUGCGCAGCACUCGCAGGACUAUGCCUCCUGGUACGGACAGAUCCCCGGUCUCAAGACCGUCUCGCCUUGGUCCGCCGAGGACUGCCGUGGUCUGCUCAAAUCGGCCGUCCGCGACCCCAACCCGGUCGUCUUCCUUGAAAACGAGAUCCUCUACGGUCAGUCGUUCCAGAUCUCGCAGGAGGCGCUCUCGGAUGACUUCACCAUCCCCAUCGGCAAGGCCAAGAUCGAGCGACCGGGUAAGGACAUCACCAUCGUUUCGCACUCGAUCGGCAUGAACUACGCCAUGGAGGCGGCCGAGAUCCUCAAGAAGGAGGAGGGCGUCGAGGCCGAGGUGAUCAACCUGCGCACCAUCGCACCCAUGGAUGUCGACACCAUCCUCGAGUCCGUGCGCAAGACCAACCGCAUCGUCACAGUGGAGAGUGGCUUCCCUCAGUUCUCGGUGGGUUCCGAGAUUGCUGCUACCGUCAACGACUUUGCCUUUGACCACCUGGAUGCACCCGUCGAGCGUGUCACUGGUGCCGCCGUGCCUACGCCAUACGCUGCCAACCUCGAGAAGCUCUCGUUCCCCGACACUGCUGUCGUGGUGCGGGCUGCCAAGCGUGCUCUCUACAAGUAA